AUGAAUACUUUUGCUUGCUCUGAUCCAACUCAUUAAGAUUCAGCUGAGUUUUUUUGCAUAAAUCCUUUUUGUUAAGAAGAUCAUUUGAUUUGCUUUGCUUAAUGUUUUAAAACUAGAAAACAUUUAUAGCAUACCAAGGAUAUUGAAAAAAUAUCAGAAUUAUAAAGUUAUAUAGUAUAAAUGAAAUUUGAUUGUACAGAAUUAUUAGAUUAGAUUAAUUUAUUCUAACAAUAAGUCAAGAUCAACCUAGAUAAAUUAAAGGAGGGGAUUUAAUCUAAAUAUUUAAUUUCUUAAAUAUAAUUGGCUCAACUAAAUGCAAAAUAAAUAAAUCAAGUUUUGACCUCAAUCAUCUAAUUUAAAGAAUAAAAAUAAGCCUUAUUAUCUAGUUUAUAUUGA